GCGCCCACGGUUGCUUUGGAAACCGCGUGCAUGGCGGCGUUCUGACAGGUGUCCAACCGCAGCGCGUAGCGCCAGGAGGCGGGAGGUUCCGUGGAUUCUUCGGUCACUACACGGAUGCCUGUGCCUGCAGUGUCGCCCGGGUCCCCAGAAAGGCUCGUGUCGCCCGCGCUGGUCGCCGAGCCGCCGGGGAAGAACCUGUGGGAGCAGAUCUGCGAGGAGUAUGAAGCCGAGCUGCCUACCCUUCCAGAAGAAUAUAAAGUGAAACAGGAAGCUGCUGUCACAGUGAGCUCGGUCUCGCCUUUGGAUGAACUGGUUCCCCAUGGCUUCAACAUGGAGCACUACCUCCCGGUGCACCCAUUCCCAGUGAUGCCUCCUGUGCCUUGUCCUCCCAGGAAGGCAGAAACAGUAGAGCCCAAGACUUGUUCCCCCAAAGAUUAUCUGGAAAUGUUCAUCUUUCCAGUUCUGCUCCCUGGAAUGGCCAGCCUGCUUCACCAAGCAAAGAGAGAAAAGUGUUUUGAGAGGAAGAGAACCAAAUUCAUUGCCUGCGAUUUCCUGACUGAGUGGCUGUACAAUCAGAAUCCGAAGAGGGCAGGGGAGCCAUUCACAGAAUUCUUCUCCAUUCCUUUCGUGGAGGAAUGGCUCAAGGGCCACCCUCGGCCACCAAUCCCCCUCUCGCUCCUACUGACAGAAGAAGAAGCAGUGAUCAGGAUCCAGUCCUUCUGGAGAGCCUAUCUGGUUCGCUGCGACCCUGAGAUCCAGGAGCUGCGGCAGUGGCAGAAGAAGCUGCGUGAGGACAAGCACAUCCGCCAGCGUGUGAAGAUCUUCUGGGCCAAGCAAGAGCAGAAAUUGAGAUGUAAAAUGGAGGACGAGGAAGUGCCUGCUGCCUCAGUGCCACCAUCUUAAAUAACAGCAGUCACUUCACACCCAGACCGCACAUUGCCUAUGACGAUUUCCUUAAGAAGCCUUAGUACGGUGGAUUCACAUCCCUUUGCACACAGGCCGGGUUUGUGGCAGACAAGCUUAGGAAAGCGUCCCUUGCUUUCUGCUUUACCCCAAAUAAUGUUUUUCUUUCCCCCAUAUACUUCUCCACGGUGUCUGGUGUACCAUUCUGAGCCACUGCAGUUGAAACAUCUAGUGAUGGCUUCCGUCACCAGUUUGCCCACUUCUGCUAAGAUCCAUAUUUUAAUUUAUCUCAAAUCUCUGUUAGUUCUGUUUUGGUUUUGUUGUUGGCCUAACAAAUGAGGCGAGGCUCGAGAACUGAGCUGUGUUUCUAGCUCAAGAAGAGACAGCUGAUGCAAAGGAUUUCCAUUGUCCAAGCCCCAAAGGGGCCACAGCAGCGCCUUUUAACUAAUGGUCCUCGUCUGUUCCGUGGCCACGCUUCCCAGGAUUCUCU